CGCCGAGACACGCAGCACGAACCAAGAAAGAACAACUCGUACCGUCGUACGCACUCUCGCCGUGAAUUCAUAGCUCUCGAUUAUCGAUCGACUUUCGACGACCUACCAAGACAAAGCUACAAGCGCGACACGUACGCGACCAUGGCGGGCGGCAGCAAGGCCGCGGCCGCUGUGGCUGUGGUCUUGGCCUUCCUACUCUUCGCCAUCGCCUCGACAGCAGCCGCCGCCGCACCCGACAUGUCCAUCAUCUCGUACAACUCGGCGCACGCCGUCCGUGGGCUGGAGCGGACGGAGGCCGAGGUGCGCGCGAUGUACGACCACUGGCUGGCGCGGCACGGCCGCUCGUACAAUGCGCUCGGCGAGUACGACCGCCGGUUCCGGGCGUUCUGGGACAACCUCAGGCUCGUCGACGCCCGCGGGUUCCGCCUCGGGAUGAACCGCUUCGCCGACCUCACCAACGACGAGUCCCGCGCUGCCUACCUCGGCGCCAUCCCGAGCAGCCAAGGCCGCCACGCCGUCGGCGGGAGGUACCUCCACGACGGCGCCGAGACGCUGCCGGAGUCCGUGGACUGGAGGGAGAAGGGCGCCGUGGCCCCUGUGAAGAACCAGGGCCAGUGCGGCAGCUGCUGGGCGUUCUCGGCGGUCGGCGCGGUGGAAGGCAUCAACAAGAUUGUCACGGGCGACCUGGUGACGCUGUCGGAGCAGGAGCUGGUGGAGUGCGCAAGGAACGGGCAGAACAGCGGGUGCAAUGGCGGGAUGAUGGAGGACGCGUUCGACUUCAUCGCCCGGAACGGCGGCAUCGACACGGAGGAGGACUACCCCUACACCGCCAAGGACGGCAGGUGCGACCACGCCAAGAGGAGCCGCACGGCCGUGUCCAUCGACGGCUUCGAGUUGGUGCCGGAGAACGACGAGCUGUCCCUGAAGAAGGCGGUGGCGCACCAGCCCGUGAGCGUGGGCAUCGAGGCCGGUGGCCCCGAGUUCCAGCUGUACGAGUCGGGGGUGUUCACCGGCAGGUGCGGCACGGAGCUGGACCACGGCGUGGUGGCGGUGGGGUACGGCACCGACAAUGGCAGGGACUACUGGAGCGUGCGCAACUCAUGGGGCCCAGACUGGGGCGAGGGCGGCUACAUCCGGAUGGAGCGCAACGUCACCGCGCGCGCCGGCAAGUGCGGCAUCGCCAUGAUGGCGUCCUACCCCGUCAAGAACGGGCCCAACCCCUCACCCAAGCCUGACCCGCCGAAGCCGGUGGCCUGCGACCGCCACAGCAAGUGCCCGGCGGGGAGCACCUGCUGCUGCACCCACGGCGUGAGAAAGACGUGCUUCGUCUGGGGGUGCUGCCCUGCCAAGGGUGCCACCUGCUGCAAGGACGGCGCCACCUGCUGCCCGUCGGACUACCCCGUCUGCAACGCCGAGAACCGCACUUGCUCCAAGAGCAAGAACAGCCCGUACAACGUGGAUGCGCUUAUCCGUACUCCGGCCAAGCGAAGCAGGACAACGACGAUUACACAACUGGUCGAUUUUUAGUGUUCUCUGAACUGGACUUCUAGGCUCUGGGUCUUUUCUUAGUUUCUUUAGCACAUGGGAAUUUUCUUAGUUACAAUAGUACACCAUAUAGGAUAUGAAAUUUGUAUCCGCACGAACAUGUACAUGCGAAAUACCAGUUUUUUUUAACACAAAUACCAGAAUUUUCACCUCGUUGAGAUCAGACACUCCUUCUAUCCAUUUUUUUUCUUUCCAUCUCUCUUUUUGGCUCUACUAGCAAAAAUGCCCGUGCGUUGCAUCGGAAAAAAAAAAUCAUCACACCCCGUAACCAUAGCCAAUUACACGAGUAAUUUUUUGACUCAUGACCCACAUGAACUAAUCUCAACAUGAAGAAUUAUGCUUUCGGCCGAACCAUCUUUGCAAAAUGGCUAACGAAUGUUUGCAUUGUUUGGUUUGCGGGUUUGUUAGUUUUAUUACCACAUCCACUGUAGCAGGUGUACUUAUUGUCCACUGUUAAUGCAAGGCAUAUGUAGUCUGAGAAACAUAAGGACCCGGAAUCUAUUGGGUUAAAAAAAAUAAAAAAAACAUUGUGACCAGCUUAUUAACCAAGAACCCAAAAAAUGGAUAAUUAAUUUCCUAAAGUUAGGACAUUUUCUUGUGGAUCUGUAACAAUCUUCCCAAAAUCUAGAACAAUUCUAUCCUAAACCCAAAACUUUUUUUUCUUAAACCUAGUACAUUGUCCGGCUUAAUAAAAACAUGUCUUUUCUUAAUAGAGAAAUGUUCUUAAAAAUGUCAUAUUUUU